GGCUAGCCACCGGAGCAAACCCUCAGCGUAUUAUUGUAGGUAUGAGAGAUGGGUAGCGACAAAGAUGGCAGAAGGCGUGAGGCGUGACGUGGACUUCUGUGUGAUCAAAGAUGAGCGUCGCGAGGUCACGUGCAGGGGUGCCGAUGUCACCGAGAAAGCUGUCGGUGAGGACCCAUUACACCGAAGAAUAUCCCCACCAAGGUGAGGCAAGCUAGGCAAGUUAUCACAGGAAAUGAAUUGGGGUCAUCUGUGUCUGUGCCUCCAUACUUUAGAUAGUGUGAUACAAAUC